AUCACUGAACUGCGUCAUCUCUCUUCCUGCUCUCUGCACAGUUAGCUCGAGAGCAUCCCAAAGCAACGGCUUUCUUUCCUCUUCUACAGCCAUGGCGGAUCCAAGGAUACGAAAUAUUAAAAUCAAAACAGGCGUCGUAAAGAGGCUGGCCAAAGAGGAGAUUUCAUACAUAAAUGAAGCAAAGCAGCAAGAAGAGAAAGUUGAGCGCGCGAAAGCUGAGGGAGGGGAUGAAUACGUCAUCAAGAAACAGAUUGAGGUUCUGCAGGAGUCCAGAAUGAUGAUCCCAGACUGUCGCCGCCGUCUGGCCAUAGCCCACGCAGACCUGCUGCAGCUAUUAGAAACAGAAGAGGAUCUGGCCGAAUCAGAGGAGUACAAAGAAGCUAGAAACGUAUUGGACUCAGUGAAGCUUGAAGGAUAAUUUCUGUCGGCUUUCUGCCCUCACUACUGGAUCCGCCAGCUUAAAUGUCCAUUCCGUUCUUCAGGCCUCCCUCAGAACCACAGAGACCAACAGAAUCAAAGUGUAAUCAUUUCUGCUAUUUACCUGUAACGUGCCAUCAUGUUUCCCUGCGCACACAUCCUAUAAGUAUACAGUAAAAUUUGGGGCUUAUUAAUGCAAGUAAACAAGGUUUCUAAGCUUUCUCUGGAUAAAAUCCACUCUAUUGGUCCAUUUACUUUUUUGAAGGACACUUGGUUUGAACCAUUGUUGAAUUCUCAUAAAUGUUUGAUUUUUGCCUUCCAUUGGCUCAUAUUUUUAGGGUUCUGACUUUAAUCAGCCUUAUUGUUUCUCAGUAGGUAAGAGAUGAGGUUAGAAAAUAUUCUUUUUAACGAAUAAAGUUCCAGAUAUGCACUAUAAAACAACAAUGUUGAUUUUCAUUUCCUUUUGAAUGUUAACUCUAGAUCACUGAAGAAUUGGAUGGUUUAAUUGCAUGCAUACACCUGUUGGUGUUCCUGUUAACUCCACUGAACUGGAUUUUUGUCUUGAUGCUACCAAUAAAGACAAAAGCUCAUUGGGAAACCCUG